AUGAUUCCGUUUAAUAACCUGGCUGUAAAAUUGAAAGAUAUUAUCCCGCUUGCAUCCGGCAAAGCAGGAUCCGGUGCAGUAGCACGCAGAGGAGCAACAGCACACGGUUCAUCAGCACUCGGCGACGCAGCAGAAGUCGGCCGCGUAACAGUACUUGGCUUCGGCUUCGGCCUCGGCGUCACCGCCGGCGUUCUUCUCGGGAUCGUCAUCUGCUAUGAGCGGGGGAUUAUUGGGGAUAAGAUGAAUUGGGCGAUAAAGGAGGUCAAGACACGGGCCGAAGCUGCGCCUGCGUUUAGGGAUAUUACUGAUGAAGCCGAGCCGGUCACGUCGGCGAGGGAUGCGUUCCACGCUGGAUUCAGACGACGCCGUGCCAAUGCGGGAUCUGAUUUCGGGAGUGAGCACAUAUUAGCCCAUGAAGAUGCCUUCCUCUCCAGCAAUGAUGGCGUUGAGACCACCGACAUGGAAUCAUGUGCCACAGAGUCCACUGCUACCGGCGCAGAAUCAACCCGGACCGGCGUUGAGACCCCUGACACAGAAUCAUGGGCCUCAGAGUCCACAACCACCGACGCAGAAUCGAUCCCGACCGCGGCCGGCGACGACUCGGACGAUAAGGACGUUCCAUCUAAAGAUCAACGGAAUGCUUACCCGCGGAACGGAAACCUGCUGCUUUGUGUGUGA